GCCAACCAAUGUGCUACGGAUCUUAGAGAGUGAUUUUAAACAUCUUGAGGAAGAAAUCACAAAGGUAUCUCAGGAUGACAUUCUUUUCCUUGAGAAACUAAAACAAGGUAUACAAAGAAAUGUUCAUGGUCAUUACCAAAUGCCUCUUCCCUUUAGGCUAAGGCCCAAUUUGCCAAAUAACAAACGACAUGCUAUGAUUAGGCUUGAGCACCUGAGGAGAAAGAUGAUGAAAGAUGAGUCCUAUAAGAGACAUUACAGUGAGUUCAUGAGUGAAAUUCUUCAGAGAGGAGAUGCUGAGGAGGUACAUGAUGAUGGUAAGGAAGGAGAAACAUGGUACUUACCACAUCAUGGUGUUCUUCAUCCAAAGAAGGCGGACAAACUGCGCGUAGUGUUUGAUUGCUCCGCAACAUAUGAAUGCUGCUCCUUAAACGAUCAUUUACUUCGGGGCCCUGAUCUGAUAAAUAGUCUACAUGGCAUCUUGAUUAGAUUCCGUCAACAUCCCAUUGCACUCAUGUGUGACAUAGAGAAAAUGUACCAUCAGUUCCAUGUAGAUGAGACGGACAGAGAUUUCUUGCGCUUCCUUUGGUGGAAGGAUGGAAACAUUAACCAACCAGCUUGUGAGUUUCGCAUGAAAGUUCAUCUAUUUGGUGCUGCCUCAUCCUCAGGAUGUGCAAACUAUGGCUUAAAACACCUUGCAACUGAAAACAGUCAAUUGUACCCAUUAGGCUCUCAGUUCAUACUCAAAAACUUUUAUGUUGAUGACGGAGUAAUCAGUGUGGAGGAUGCAGACCAAGCCAUCAAGAUUGCUAAUGAGGCUCGAAAACUCUGUGCUAUAGGUGGCUUAAGGCUACAUAAGUUUGUAUCAAACAACGAAGCUGUGUUGGAAAGUAUCCCUGUGUCAGAAAGAACCACUAAUGUGAAAACCCUUGACCUUGCAUUUGAUGAAUUGCCUUUAGAAAGAACACUUGGUAUGCAAUGGGAAAGAGAAUCCGACUGCUUUAAGUUCAAGGUUCAGCUGAAAAAUCAACCUGCCUCUCGCCGUGGCAUAUUGUCUACGGUUGCUUCUGUUUAUGAUCCCUUGGGACUUAUAGCACCUGUGCUCUUGAGUGGAAAGAAAAUAUUGCAGGAAGUGUGUAAGCGUGGCAGUGGAUGGGAUGAUCCUUUAUCAGAUGAACUCCGCCUAAGGUGGGAGCGAUGGAAACGAGACUUGAAUGAUCUGCAGAAGGUAGAUGUACCACGGACUUAUGCACCAACUGACUUUGGGAAUCCUGUCGAAGCUGAGUUACAUCACUUUUCUGACGCCAGUACUUACGGAUACGGUCAGUGUUCUUACUUGAGGCUUAAGAAUAAGAAAGGAAACGUUCACUGUGCCAUGGUCAUGGCGAAGUCAAGAGUUGCACCUCUUAAACCUGUAACAGUCCCAAGAUUGGAGUUGGCAGCUGCAGUCGUUUCUGUUGGAAUGAGCAGUGUUCUCAAGACUGAAUUGGAUUACACAUUUAUCAAAGAAAUGUUCUGGACGGACUCCAAAGUAGUGUUGGGAUACAUAAGCAAUGAAGCACGUAGAUUUCACACUUUUGUUGCAAACCGAGUGCAAAGAAUACGUCACAAUACAACUGUUGAGCAGUGGAGAUACGUUCCAACAAAAGAAAAUCCUGCCGACCAUGCAUCCAGGGGUCUGACCGUGAAGGAGCUUCUUGCCUCAAACUGGUUUACAGGUCCAAAAUUUUUGUGGGAGAAGGAGAUGACUGUACCAGCAGAACCUGUUCCUGAGCUUUUAUUUGGGGAUCCAGAAGUGAAAACCUUUCAUACUUUAAGUACAAGGUGUGUGGAAAGCUUCAAUUUGGCUGAUUGUCUUUCAAAGUUUUCCUGUUGGUCAAAGGCAGUCAGAGGUGUAGCACGUCUUUUAAGAAGAGUCAACAAGGAUAAAUCUAGUCAUCUUAGUACUGUAGCAGAAAGACAAAAGGCAGAACUCCAUAUAAUCAAAUGCUUGCAAGGAAGUUCCUACAAGGAUGAGCUGAAAGAAAUAAAAGGUGGAAGGAACAUCUCAUCACACAGCGCAUUGUAUCCCCUUGACCCUUUCUUGGAUGAAGAUUGUAUACUUAGGGUGGGAGGAAGGAUUGGUCGUUCAAGGUAUUCAGAUUCUGUGACACAUCCUAUAAUCAUUCCUAGGAAUCACCAGAUCACGCAAAUGAUUGUUGCUCACUUUCACAACAAAGUUGCUCACCAAGGAAAGGGAUUUACAAUAAAUGAGAUAAGGUCUAAUGGCUUUUGGAUUCCAGGAAUCAAUAGAGUUGUAACAUCCUACAUCAGGAGUUGCGUCAUUUGUAGAAAACACAGAAGGCCUGUGGAGGAACAAAAAAUGGCUGAUCUUCCUUUGGAAAGAGUGAAUCCGUCACCUCCAUUUAUGCAUACUGGUAUGGAUUGUUUCGGACCCUUUUUCAUUAAGCAAGGACGAAGUGUGCACAAAAGGUACGGCCUUCUAUUGACUUGCCUUUGUUCUCGUGCUGUACAUAUUGAAUUGCUCAAUGAUAUGACAACAGACUCUUUCAUAAAUGCUUUGCGCUGUUUUAUCGCCAUAAGGGGCACUGUCCAACAAUUAAGAUCCGAUCAAGGGAGUAAUUUUGUGGGAGCAAAAAAUGCACUCAAAGUUGCACUCAAGGAAAUGGACACUGAAAGAAUAAAGACUUUCCUCGCAGAGAGGCAGUGCGAGUUCGUCAUGAACGCACCCCACGCAAGUCAUGUCGGUGGCGUGUGGGAACGUCAAAUUAGAACUGUACGAUCUGUGUUAAAUUCCCUUCUUGCACAACAUCCAGGCAUAUUAGACGAUCCAUCUUUAAGGGCCUUCCUGUAUGAAGCAAUGGCUAUUGUAAAUAGUAGGCCACUAACUGUUGAUUGUCUGAAUGAUCCUAAAAGUCUAAGACCCAUCACUCCAAACCAUCUGCUCACAUUAAAAUCAGUUACUGCUCUGCCUCCACCGGGUGAAUUCGUCAAAGAAGAUGUUUACGCACGAAAGAGAUGGAGACAUGUGCAAUAUUUAGCAGAGCAAUUCUGGAGUCGCUGGCGCAAGGAGUAUCUUGCAAAUAUAACUGCUCGGCAGAAGUGGAAUAUAUCUAGGAGAAAUCUUCAAGUCAAUGAUGUUGUGAUGAUUAAAGAGGAAGACUUGCCUAGAAAUGAAUGGAAGCUUGGAAGGGUACAGGAAGUUACUUUUAGUGAUGAUGGACUUGUAAGAAAAUGUAAGGUAGUUAUAGGAGAUUCAAAACUUAAUGCAAAGGGCGAGCGUGUAAACAAACAGUCCAUAAUUGAAAGACCAAUACAGAAACUUGUUCUAUUAAUGGAGGGACAUUAGUGGUUUGGCUGAAAGGUUUGAAAUUAUUUAAGGUUAUUACGAACGUUUUUAAAUUUUGUAUAAUUAUGAAUGUUUUGUAUGUUUUAUUGCUAAUUUAAGGUCUUGUAAAAAGGGUGCACAAAUUUUAAAAAAGACAAAAAAAAUGUUAAAAUAUUAAAAAGAGAAAAAAAAUUGGGAAACAAGAGUUUGCAAAGGGAAAUUAUAUGUGCUUGUAUGUUUUUGCACUUAUAAUUUGGUGGGAGUGUAAAGAAUUUGAGUUUGUGUGUGUAUAAUUUAUGUUUUGAUGCAUUAUUUACUUGUAUUUUUGUCAUGGUAACGGAAGGCUUUUAUUUUGAAAUGUAUGUUCAUGACCGCAUAUAGCGCGAGUAUGUGCUGUAUGUGCUAAUCAAUUCAGAGUGAAACGAGACCCAGAUGCAAACGGUUGUGGCCUCGAAGGUUUACGGUUUACAAAGGCUUAGUUCCUGGUUUAAGUGGAGAACAAGCUCUUACGGUGAUCUUCAGUAAUCUCACGGCAUUUAUGAUGAACAUUUGAAUAAAGCUUGAGGAUCAUCAGUUGAAGAGUCAGUAUUUAUUAAACCAGGGAGCUACAAU